GCACAUGCUUACUAUCAUAUAAUAAUGCUUUAUUCAUUUUCUGCUGAUUGUAAUUUAGUCUCUGUGGAAAAUUUCAAAAAUAAAUUAAUACAAAUAAGGAUUAAAGAAAUAUUAAAACACAAGAGUUCAUACUGUAUCUAUACUUGAUUUUGAUCUAUUGUAUUCUAGCAAUAGCUAAAUCAUGAAUCAAAAAUCAAAUUCGGUAGAUAUUCGAGAUUUGCAAGAUAUACGAACACCUUUUAAUGUACGUUUAGCAGGCAUUUAUAAACGGAGUUUUGCUUAUGUAACACUUAAAGACAGAUUACCAGUAAUUUUAACCAAAAUUAUUGAUACUUUCAGUCGUGACAAGGAAAAUAUUAUUGAAAAAUAUGGAGAGAAUGCUAUAGAAGAAGUUAAAAAAAUGAUAGGAUUUAUUAGUAAAUUAAAAAAUGAAAUAGCAACAAAUAAAACUUUAAAACCUAUGCGAUUGCUACCUGAUGAUUCAACUAAUGAUGCUGAGGAAUGGAAUAAAUUUUUAAUAAAGAGAACUGAAAUAGAAAAAGAAAUACCGUUAUGGUUUAAUACUCUUUGGCUAUAUUGUGAAUGCUAUAUGUAUCGGAUACUUGCACAAGAACUUGUUCUCAUGAAAUACAUAAAAACUUAUGAUCCUUUUACAAAAUCAAAACAGAAUGCAUUUACAAAUUCCUUGAUUAGCAUAGAAAUACUUUGUAGUUAUGUUAUAGAUGUUAUAUCUAAUAAAAAAAAUCUAUCAAUAAUGGAAACUAAAGAAGAAUUUAUGAAAUUUAUUAAGUUUAAUCUUUGGGGUAACCAAUGUGAUCUAUCUUUAAGUGCAGGAGCAGAUGUUGGGCAGGCUACCCAUCCUAUACAAAUAUUAAAAGUAUUAGAUAAAGAUAUUCUUGCAAAUAAUUCAGAAUUUAUUUGGAAUUUAUUGAGAAAACCAGAUAAAAAUAAACUAGAUAUAAAUAUUAUAGAUAUAAUAAUUGAUAAUGCAGGAUAUGAACUUUUUACUGAUUUUUGCUUAGCUGCAUUCUUAAUUACAAUCAAAUUUGCUGAUAAAAUAAGAUUUUACCCAAAACUUUAUCCAUGGUAUAUUAGUGAUGCAUCAAUAAAUGAUAUUCACUGGACUAUAGAUUAUAUGAAAAAUGCAUCAAAUGAAUGUUUAAAAAAAUUUGCUAAUUUGAUAGAAAACUAUUUUAAGAAUAAUAUAUGGACAAUUGAGAUUGAACCAUAUUGGACAGGUCCUUAUGAUCUUGUAGGGAUGAAAGAACAUGAUCCAAAAUUACAUGCAAAAUUGUCAGAUGCUAAAUUAAUAAUAUUUAAAGGUGAUUUAAAUUAUAGAAAAUUAGUAGAUGAUAUUAAUUGGGAAUAUACAACAUCAUUUAAAAAAGCAUUAAGAGGAUUUGAACCAGCACCUAUCUUAGCUAUAAGAACAGUAAAAUCUGAUGUUUGUGUUGGCAUACCACCUGGUGUAGGAGAAAAAUUAUUUGAAGAAGAUGAAUAUUGGAUGUGGAGUGGAAAAUAUGGACUUAUUCAAAUAACUACAGCUGGAAAUUGUCAAUGUCUAAUGAACGAAACAUAUUAAAAUCCUAAUAUAAAUCCUAAAAUAUUGAAUUAUAAGCAAUUUGUAUAUUGCAUAUUUUUAUAUUAUAUUAUAUUUCAUAUUAAAUGUAUAAUAUUCUCA